AUGCAGCUCUGGGUCUCUCCCUCACUUUUUCUGCUUCUCCUCCUCUGCCAAGAGCUUCGAUCAGAAUUAAGACCAGCUGGGUGGGAAGAAAUAGAGCUCAGCGCAUGGACAAGCUCCCAAUUGUACCCGGGGCCAUCCCAGCCCCUGGCAUGUGGGACUAACAAGGGGAAGCCGAUAGGUUUGGCCCCUCUCAACCACUUUCUCUCUUUAGGCAAACCUGUCACCAGAAAUGUAUGCAAACUUCCUAUGGAAAUCGGACUUUGUCGAGGCUUAGUCCUGCGAUGGUUUUACAACUGGAAAACUUACGAAUGUGAGCUUUUUUCCUACGGAGGCUGCAAUGGCAAUGACAACAACUUUAUGGAUAAAGAAGUGUGUGAGAAAGCUUGCAAGGACACCUGA